AUGGAAGAAACACUGGAUCCACAACAAACCUUCAACAUCAAAGCCUAUUCUUCAAGUUCAAGCUAUGCAGGGGCAUUAGCAGAUUCCACAAGCGAAGGCACCUCUGGUACGCCACCGCAAGCAGGAGCAGCACGUCACGAUUCCUUCUCCAACUCCAACACCAAUAUCAAGGCCGGUCAACAGCAGUUCCACUGCACCAAGUGCAACCUCUCCUUCACAGAAAAACGCGCCCUUUUGCGCCACGAACGGGAAUCAGAAAAACACAAUGCGUCAGACACCGCGCCGAGGUUGAAUCGUUGCACAGAAUGUGGAAAGUCCUAUAAAAGAGCGCACGAUUUGAGGAGGCAUGUCGAUGAAGUUCACAGGGCGAAGCGGAGGAAGAGGGGGCCUGGUGGUGAUGACAGUACCACACCCGAGGAAGGAUCCGAAGAUGCGAAUGCCAACAUGAUGGUGCCACCUCCUGGCGCGAUACCUUUUGGUGGCCAGGGAACGACGGACGAACCGAUGGUUGUUGGAAUCGGACAAGACGGAGCCGUUCGUCAGCAGACCUAUUUCGUCGUUCCGAAAACGGACCACAUGGACAGCCUGACGCUUCUAAGACAAUCAAACCGACCCGCUCGGAAGGCCAGCCACCUAGAUCUGGCACGGGACCUCCUCGCGCAAAACACGAGGUUCUCAAAAGAUCAAGAAGCAAUAAGUCUCAACCCGGAAACAAGACUUUGGCUGGAGAACUGGAUGAAAGAAUUUUCUGUGUUCUCUGUCAGCGCUUUCAAUGAUCGGGAUUUCGCUUUCAAGAGCGAAAAAUACACAUCCAUCGUGCCGACGCUCGCUCCGGAUCUGAAGUUCAGCCACCAUAAGAUUCCGACGGCUUUCAAUCAUACGCAUAUGAUCGUGGCAUACAACCAAAUGUCAGCUCUGAAUCCGAACUGGAACAUCAAAGUCUUAGGUGCAGCCCCCUUUGUGUCGUUGAAGGACAAGACCGCGACUAUCUUCGUCCAGAGUUUGGUGACGGAUGAUGGGAAUGUGUGGGCAGAACAGAUUAUUGAGUAUAAGUGGCAGUUGUACAGCUCGCGAUGGCUGUGCAAGCAUGUGACAAGUAUGAGAGGGCAGCGGUUGUUGGGCGCUUGA